AUGGCAGAUGGCUCUGAGGCUGCAGCACGUGGUUAUGACAACAGCAUGCGCUCACCCACCCCACCUGCUCCUGGGACUGUGCACCAUGGUGAGGCAGGAAUCAGGGAAGAGACCCGAGAGCUCCCAUUAUCUGACGCCAAUGCAGGACUGCUGCAGCAGGUGCAGCUGGAGGCAGCGGCCACGGGCCCUCGGAGAGGUGAGCGCUGGCGCCCCGCGGGUCCUGUGCUCGGAGACGGGACUCGAAGUAGGACCUACGGCGCGCCCGAGUCUCCCACCUCCUCCCCCGAGCGCGAGCCGGCGGGUGGAACGCCCCGCGGACUCUCACUGGGCACCCACCCGGCUGCGGGAGCGCGAGGCGCCGCUACUGUGGCCAUGGGCAGCUUCCAGCUGGAGGACUUCGCGGCGGGCUGGAUCGGAGGUGCAGCCAGCGUCAUUGUCGGUCACCCUCUGGACACGGUCAAGACUCGCCUGCAGGCCGGCGUCAACUACGGGGACACCAUCAGCUGCAUCCGCACGGUGUACAGGAGGGAGAGUGUCUUCGGCUUCUUCAAGGGCAUGUCCUUUCCCCUUGCCACCAUCGCGGUCUACAACUCUGCGGUGUUUGGGGUCUUCAGUAACACGCAGAGGUUCCUCAGCCAGCACCACUGCAGGGAGCCCGGGGCCAGCCCGUCCGGCACCCUGUCUGACCUUCUCCUGGCCAGCAUGGUGGCUGGCGUGGUCUCUGUGGGGCUGGGCACGCCCGUAGACCUCAUCAAGAUCCGGCUGCAGAUGCAAACACAGCCAUUUCAGGAAGCCAACCUUGGUUUGAGACCCAGGGCGAUGACUCUUGGGAAGCCACCAGUCUACCAGGGGCCUGUGGAUUGCAUUGCAACCAUCGUGCGGACCGAGGGCCUGGCAGGGAUGUACCGGGGUGUUGGCGCCAUGCUGCUGAGGGAUGUCCCGGGCUAUUGCCUCUACUUCAUCCCCUAUGUGUUCCUGAAUGACUGGAUCACACCCGAGGCCUGCACAGGCCCCAGCCUCUGUGCUGUGUGGCUGGCAGGCGGCAUGGCAGGAGCAAUUUCUUGGGGGACAGCGACUCCUAUGGAUGUCGUGAAAAGUCGACUCCAAGCUGAUGGGGUUUAUUUAAACAAAUACAAAGGUGUCCUGGAUUGUAUCUCCCAGAGUUACCAGAAGGAAGGUCUUAAAGUGUUUUUCAGAGGCAUCACUGUGAACGCUGUGCGCGGCUUCCCCAUGAGCGCCGCCAUGUUCCUCGGGUAUGAGUUCUCGCUGCAGGCAAUCCGCGGGGACCACGCCGUGACUAGCCCCUGA